AGGAGGAAAAGACGAAGAAGGGGAGGCGAAAGAGGGAGAGGCAGAGAGUCUUUGCCAAACGGCUUCCAAGGAGCUGAGAGAGAGGGGCAUUAUUAUUAUUAUCAUUAUUAUUAUUUCCCUCCCCUCCCUCCUCCAUUGGAGAGGAGGGAAAACAACAGCAACAACCAGAGGAAAGCACUGAAAGAAAAUGGUGCAGCGAAGCCCUCUUCCUCCUCCUCCUUCCAUUUCUUCUUCUUGGAGGCCCUUUUGGACGGCGAAGGAGUUGAGGAGGCUCCCGAAGGAGGCGAAGAAGGACCUGAAAACCCCCCGAAAGAGGCUCUUUUGAAGGGGAAAAGACUUCCAGCCAUCGCCUCAGGAGAAGUGGCUGCGGGGGAUAAAAGACAUACAUACUGUAUAUAUAUAUAUAUAUAUAUACCCCCCUCCUCCUCCUCCUCCUCCUCCAAGUUCUGAUCCCCUCCUCCAUUUUCAGUUGUGUUGCCUCUUCUAUUGUGGGGGGAAAGGACACACACACACACACUCUUGUGUUUUCAUUCCUCGUUUAUUAUUUUGUCCUUCGGGGGGGGGAGCAGCCGCCAUGGCUGCGGCGUCGUCCUCGUCUCCUUCGUCUUCGUCGUCCCUCUUCCCCGCGAACAACAACGGGCCCGGCCUCAGCCUCCUGCUGCUGCUCCCGGGCGAAGCCGAAGCCCUGCGCCUCUCUCGCAGCCUCGAGGUCGGCACCGUCAUGACGCUCUUCUACCCGAAGAAGUCCCAGAGGCCCGAGAGGAAGACCUUCCAAGUCAAGCUGGAGACCAGGCAGCUCGUCUGGAGCAGGGGCUCCGACAAGGUCGAAGGGGCAAUUGAUAUUCGUGAAAUUCAAGAGAUUCGUCUGGGAAGAAGCUCCCGAGAUUUUGACCGCUAUCAGGAGGAUCCUUCUUUCCGUCCAGAUCAGUCUCAUUGUUUUGUCAUCCUUUAUGGCAUGGAAUUCAGGCUGAAAACACUGAGCCUGCAAGCCACAUCCGAAGAUGAAGUCAACAUGUGGAUCAAAGGAUUGAACUGGCUUGUGGCGGAUACCCUAAAAGCUGCUACCCCACUGCAGAUUGAAAGGUGGCUUCGAAAACAGUUUUAUUCCAUUGAUCGCAACAGGGAAGACAGGAUUUCUGCAAAGGAUCUGAAAAACAUGCUCUCACAAGUCAACUACCGUGUUCCCAACAUGAGAUUUUUACGUGAAAGGCUAACAGAUGUGGAACAGAGGAAUGGGGAUAUCACAUAUGGACAGUUUGCCCAGUUGUACCAGAGCCUCAUGUACAAUGCGCAGAAAGGAAUGGCUGUUCCAUUUUUAGAAAGCAGCGGAGAGAGAUGUGAACAUGGCAGAGUAUCUCUAACAGAAUUCCGGACAUUUUUGCUAGAAUAUCAGAUGGAACUUUGGGCUACUAAUCUCUCCUUGGUUCAGGAUUUUAUGUUCAACUUCCUGAAGGACCCACUGAGGGAAAUUGAAGAGCCUUAUUUUUCUCUGGAUGAGUUUCUCACCUUCCUGUUUUCUAAAGAGAACAGUAUCUGGAACUCAGAGCUUGACAUUGUACGUCCAGAAGACAUGAACAAUCCCCUCUCCCAUUACUGGAUCUCCUCUUCACACAAUACGUACCUGACUGGAGAUCAGUUCUCAAGUGAGUCCUCAUUGGAAGCUUAUGCUCGUUGCCUGCGCAUGGGAUGUCGCUGUAUUGAGCUUGAUUGCUGGGAUGGACCCGAUGGGAUGCCAGUCAUCUAUCAUGGGCACACAUUAACAACCAAAAUUAAAUUUUCCGAUGUCCUGUCAACCAUCAAGGAGCAUGCUUUUGUAACCUCUGACUAUCCUGUUAUCCUGUCCAUUGAAGAUCACUGCAGCAUUGCUCAGCAGAGGAAUAUGGCUCAAAACUUUAAGAAGGUCUUUGGAGACAUGCUACUAACCAAACCAGUGGAUAUAUCUGCUGAUGGACUACCAUCUCCAAAUCAGCUAAAGAGGAAGAUUCUCAUAAAGCACAAGAAACUGGCUGAAGGCAGUGCUUACGAAGAAGUGCCAUCAUCUGCUGUGUAUUCAGAGAAUGAUAUCAGCAAUUCAAUAAAGAAUGGAAUUCUAUACCUGGAAGACCCAAUCAAUCAUGAGUGGAACCCCCAUUACUUUGUUCUGACCAGCAGCAAAAUUUAUUACUCUGAGGAGACAACCAAUGAUUUGGGAAGUGAGGAGGAAGAAGAGCAAAAGGAGGUUAACAACAGCACUGAACUGCACUCCACUGAAAAGUGGUUUCAUGGCAAGCUGGGUGCGGGACGUGAUGGGCGCCACAUAGCCGAGAGGCUGUUAACAGAGUACUGUAUAGAGACAGGAGCACCUGAUGGCUCUUUUUUGGUGCGAGAGAGUGAGACUUUUGUUGGUGAUUACACUCUUUCUUUCUGGCGUAACGGGAAAGUGCAGCACUGCCGGAUCCAUUCACGGCAGGAUGCUGGGAGCCCCAAAUUCUUCCUUACGGAUAACCUGGUGUUCAAUAGCCUCUAUGACCUUAUCACCCAUUACCAGCAGGUGCCGCUCAGGUGCAAUGAAUUUGAGAUGAGGCUGACAGAGCCUGUGCCGCAGACCAACGCUCACGAGAGCAAGGAAUGGUACCAUGCUAAUCUCACCCGGACUUUGGCAGAGCGCAUGCUGAUGAGGGUGCCCCGGGAUGGAGCCUUCCUGGUGCGCAAGAGGAGCGAACCAAACUCUUAUGCUAUCUCCUUUCGGGCAGAAGGGAAGAUCAAACACUGUCGUGUACAACAGGAUGGACAAACAGUCAUGUUGGGUAACUCAGAAUUUGACAGCCUGGUGGAUUUAAUUAGCUACUAUGAGAAGCAUCCGCUAUACCGAAAGAUGAAGCUGAGGUAUCCCAUUAAUGAAGAAAUGCUAGAAAAGAUUGGGACAGCGGAACCAGAUUACGGUGCUCUAUAUGAAGGACGGAACCCAGGAUUUUAUGUGGAGGCCAACCCUAUGCCAACCUUUAAGUGUGCUGUCAAAGCCUUAUUUGACUACAAGGCUCAACGAGAGGAUGAACUCACCUUCACCAAAAAUGCUGUGAUCCAGAAUGUGGAAAAACAGGAAGGAGGCUGGUGGAGAGGAGACUAUGGGGGUAAGAAGCAGCUCUGGUUUCCAUCUAACUACGUAGAAGAAAUAACUAGUCCAACUGGCCUAGAGCCAGAACAGGAGCAACAGCUAGAUGAAAACAGUCCUCUGGGAGACAUGCUUGGUGGAGUCCUGGAAGUACCAGCCUGUCAGAUUGCUAUCCGACCUGAGGGCAAGAACAACCGCAUGUUUGUGUUCUCUAUCAGUAUGGCAUCUGGACCACGGUUGUCCUUGGAUGUAGCUGCUAACUCCCAUGAGGAAUUGUUGGAUUGGGUGAAGAAGAUCCGUGAAGCAGCCCAGACUGCUGAUGCCAGACUUUCUGAAGGGAAGAUGAUGGAGAGGAGGAAGAAGAUAGCCCUGGAACUUUCUGAGCUAGUCAUUUACUGCCGUCCUGUCCCCUUUGAUGAAGAGAAAAUUGGCACAGACAGGGCUUGUUACAGAGACAUGUCCUCCUUCCCUGAAACCAAGGCAGAGAAGUACGUCAACAAAAUUAAAGGCAAGAAGUUCCUGCAGUACAACCGGUUACAGCUUUCCCGCAUCUAUCCAAAAGGACAGCGUCUUGACUCCUCCAACUAUGACCCCCUGCCUAUGUGGAUUUGUGGCAGCCAAUUGGUGGCACUCAACUUCCAGACGCCAGACAAGCCAAUGCAGAUGAAUCAGGCUCUAUUCAUGUCUGGAGGCCGAUGUGGCUUCAUGUUGCAACCAGCCAACAUGCGGGACGACAUCUUUGAUCCUUUUGACAAGAACACUCUGCGGGGGGUGGAGCCGCUUUCCAUUUCCAUUGAGGUCCUUGGGGCACGGCAUCUUCCCAAAAAUGGAAGGGGAAUUGUUUGCCCAUUUGUAGAAGUUGAAGUUGCUGGAACAGAGUAUGAUAAUGCAAAGCAGAAGACCGAGAUGGUGGUGGACAAUGGUCUGAACCCUGCCUGGCCCCAGAAGUCAUUUCAGUUCCAUAUUCACAAUCCAGAGUUUGCUUUUCUACGCUUUGUGGUAUAUGAAGAGGAUAUGUUCAGUGACCAGAACUUCUUAGCUCAGGCUACAUUCCUGGUUAAAGGCCUAAAGACAGGAUACCGUGCUGUGCCUUUGAAGAACAAUUAUAGUGAGGAUCUGGAACUGGCUUCCUUGCUAGUUAAAAUUGAUGUCAUCCCUGGCAAACAGGAGAAUGGCGAAAUUAGCCCCUUUGGGGCUUCAGCUUUCCGAGAGAGAUCCAUGGAUUCUCCAGGUCAGCUCAUGGCCGGAAGAGGCAGAGAAGGCUCCUUUGAAACCCGAUAUCAGCAGCCCUUUGAAGACUUUAGAUUGUCACAGGAGCAGUUAGCAGACCAUUUUGACAAUCGAGACAGAAGGGUAUUGCGAAAGACUCGGGUGAAUGGGGAUAACCGCCUCUAGCCCCACAUUGCCUGCUGUAAAGCACCCUCCAGUGCUUGUGAUUCUCACGGAUUGCUGUGAACUGGUUUCUAUGGAAACGUCACUGCUUUGGCCUACUUUCAGGCAGCUUUUCCAGUUUCUCUUCUGAAGGCUGUUCAAGCGGAGAAAUUUUUUAAAGAAUCAAACUACAAAACAGUGCUUUUAUUGUCUUGAUCAUGACCUGUAAGAGAAAUUCAAAGAAGAAGAAGAAGAAGAAGAAAAGACUCUCCCCACAAAACCAGAAACAAUGUGUGUUGAAUGUGUGUAUGUUUUAUCAGUAUCUGAGGUUAGACACAAAUGCCUAUCAUUAACUCCCUUCUUCCCCAUGGCUGUAGUUACUGAGAGGAUAAUACCUCAGAGCUGCCUAGCAAAGCAGCUUCCCUUCACUCAGCUAAGAGGACCCAAUU